CACUCUACGCACGCUCCAGAAGUAAUGUAUAGAAGAAAGGCGUUCAGUCAAAAGCUCAAUCAGUCGAGUAUCCCUCAUCGAGCGACCCGGAUCUCGUUGCGAGAGUCAUGUCGCUCUUGUUCAACGAUCCGCUGGCUUUCCUUCCAGCCAGCGAAUCGCCAGGUGGUGCCAAUAGCAACGGAUUACGGAUGCUUUUUCACAAUUGGAAUCAGACACAAAGCGCGGGCGGCACGUUCAACCAUCAGCCUCAAGAGAAUGUUAUCCAGCAGCAGCGGCAGCUGGAUCAACUGGGAGAAAUCAAGGCGCGGAUGGAACAAAUGCAGCAGACAGGACCGGUGGUGGCCAGUGCUGACAGAUCGAUUCAUGCGAGGCGGAUCAAACAGCCACAGGAUUCCAGUCAGUUGCUGGAACCGAUUCCGGUGAUGGAUCUAGACCACCCGCUCAACAGUUGGAUGCUGCCCAACAGGAAUAGCCAACAUCUCGGCCCGUUGGCCACCAACAACAACAGCGAUUGGCCAAUCUUGCCCAAAUUCACCGUGUCGGCUCUCAGCAACGGCACCCUCGUUCAAAUACCUAUUCUAUGGACGGCCAUGUCGAUGGCCAUGGGCCUGGAAAUACGUGGCGACAUCAUCCGCGGAUUGCCCUGCAUCAAGCGGCUCAACCAACUCUUUUGCCCAACAGCAGGCAAUCGUUAUCCAGGGGAUCCAAUCGAAAAAUUUAUCGACGAAAACAAAGCGCUCAUAAGGCGAAUGUACGGCGAAUUUCAAACACCGGCGCCGACGAGUACCAACGGCGGAGCGGCUGCAAGUAAUCGACGCUCCGUUAGACAUUCGACGUCACCAGACAAAGGAUCAGCCAAUAGCGAUUGGCACUUUCGAGAUUCCGAGCUCUUCGCCGAAGACUUGGAAGCCGAUGGAAGCAGCAUCUUUGGCGGAGGGUUCCUAGCUGACGGACAAAAUAGGACCCGGCGCCAGACGAAUAAUCGGAACACCAAUAAAGAAAAAGAUAACAAAUCGGAUGCUUGCGAGUCGACGGUAGAAGUGGUAACUCCUUAUUGGGCCGCUAAUAGUUCGGGCAAAAUACGGGCCAUUGUUAAUACUCAGCAUUUUGAACAGGCCGUCCACCAAGAAGUUUGCUCAAAACCUCGAACUGGUCGUUGUAAUGGCGACUGCAGUUGCGAACAAAAAUAUAAAUGGCACAGGCUUUUGGCUUAUGAUCCGGAUAAUGACUGUAAAGGAAUUUUCAUGGACUGGUUCCUCUUUCCCUCGUGUUGUGUCUGCCGAUGCGCACCGCUAUAGAAAAAGGCAAACAACAAUGUCUCGCCUCGCUAAUUUACAAAUCAUUGUUUUUGAAUGAGAUAUUGAGAAUGACUGGAUCUUAUCAUGGUAUCAAGGUUGUGACGUUCAUUGUCACAGCCCAAAACACACUGUAGACCUCGUUCUUUUGUUUAAAUUUUUGGCUUUUUCCCUCCAACGUAUCUACGACCAUCAUGCGAUCGAAUUAAAACAAUUGCAAAGCGCCUGACUGCAGGUGAUUGUGUACCUCCGCACCCAUGUUUGUUGCUGCUAUACAUCGACAUUUUGCCACUGCGUUCACUCUUUAGAAUGUAUGAUAUUUCUCUUGUUUUUUUUUUUUGUGUUUCAAAUGUGUCUGGUGUUGGGGUUGGCAUUUUAUUUUAUUUUUGGGUUUUCUAUUUUGAAUUUUAUGUGACGCACGUUUAAUGUUGACAUUGUUUUUUGUGUUUUAGAAUGAAAAAUACCUGUUCAAAUAUUUUGUUGCUCUAGUAUAGCGUAUUAAUGUAAUAUUUAGAACGUAUGAAAGCAGUACACUAUACACUAGAA